AUUUUGCGUUGCCACCUGGCGUCGUUAAGUGGAGUCACUUGCACGUGCUUUUCCAUUUUGCGGCGCCACCCUGCGUCGUUAAGUUGAGUCACUGUUUUUCCUUUUUACGUUGCCACCUGGCGUCGUUAAGUGGAGUCACUACACGUGCUUUUCUUGCGAGAUAAACAAAAUUUGACAGUUCAGAUUUCGACUGUUUAUAAAGUCAACAAAAUCGCUACAGUGCCCAAAUCUUUCCUUAAAGGUCAAAGGAAUGUGAUCCAAGAUGUCUAGGACUAAGCUGAAGCAGCGCGUCCAAGAAAAGCUGACAACUAUCCAAGAGCACCGAGAUGAAAUUGUGCAGUUUCUUGAUGGAGUCGUCAGAGAGGCAAACUCUGUGGCACAGAACCUCACAUCUGUAUCAGACAAGAGCAAGUUCCAGACGAAAUACAGGUCGACGAUGCAGUCGUUGGAAGAACAUCUCAACACGCUCUUUCUGAUCAAGGCCUCACUUCCAGGGGAAGAUGGAGGCUCAGAAAGUUCUGAAUGUGAUGAGGAUGAAGAUGAACUCCCUGGUGAUGACCUAGGUAGAACUGGAUCCAGGAAUAACUCCUUGUUGUCCCCUACGCCAGACCAUGACUCGCUAGACCGCAACUCGCCAGAUACGGGUUCUAAAGGAAGUGCCCAACCAAGUGCCAAGUACUCAAAAGAAUCAUCUGGAAGAAAACAUGGAGGCCAGAUAGAUUCCGAUGACCCAGAAGUUAAAAGCGAGGAUUUGACUUGCAAAAAAGCCGAACUGAACAUUAAAGAUGAGCAGUAUGUUAGAGAGCAGCCAAAAAAAGAUAUUGAACGUUGUAAUGAAGGUGCUGAAACAAGAUCUACUGAACCACUGCCAGUGGGUGCUAUGGCUUCAGAGGGAGAGCCUCAAAUACCUAAAGAACAAUACACAAGACCUGAGACAGAAUUGCCAGAACCUGAAUUAGAUCAGGCUAAAGUGACGACAGAUCUCCCUAAUCUAACAGGACCUGCAUUUCAAACUCACUCUGCAGUGCCUGAAACUGGGCAGCAGUUUGAGCCUGUAGUAUCGGACCCUAGUCAAUACCUAGCAACCCCUGCGUCAACAGUGGAAUCAUCACCUGAGUCGCUGGCAAAACCAGUUGAGCAGAGACCAUCUACCCCACCUAGUUAUCAAAGCAAUGAGGAACCUUUGGUUUUGCCACCACCAUUCGGAACACGCAGAUUCAGACGGGAAAAGCGUAAUAUCUCUGGGAAGGAAGCGUCAAUAAACAUGAUCAUGGAUUCUCUGAAUAUACGCAGGGAUGCUUUGGAAGCAGUGAACCAAGUCAAGGAGGCUUUGUCAGCUGGGAAGGGGGGAAGUAUUGCCGCAUCUGAUAUUAGCCAAGCCAGUGCCUCCAGCGGAUUAGGACCCCGCACUCAGAAGAUGUCUCGGAGCUGUGUGUCAUUGAAGAGUACUGGAAAUGCGUCAGCUACCUCCAGUUUCAACCCAGAUUACGGUUUGGGGCCAAAUAUUCCUAGCCUGACGUUUCAGGAUGGUGAUGAGGUGAACGUGGUUCUUCUUGAAGUGGUGACACCGUCCAUGUUCUGGGUGAGGCCUGCAGGGGCUGAGCCUGACUCACUCCUUGAGGCAAUGUCGGUUUAUUAUGGUAAAAUUCUCAAUAAGAAUGGCCUUGGCUCUGAACCCAAAGUGGGGACGGUCUGCGCUGCUCGAUUCACCCAGGACGACAUGUGGUACCGGGCGAAGAUUGUUGGUGUUACGCCCGAUCAGAAUGUGUCAAUUCACGAGUGUCAGUCUGAAAUAGAUCAAUCCUCCGGACCUCACAUCAGUCCAGUUGACAGGUUUGUUGUGGAAGUCAUGUACAUAGACUAUGGAAACCAGGAAAAGAUAUCAGAGAACCGUCUUUGGCAGUUAACCCCUGAAUUCAGUCAGAUGCCGGUGCAGGCAUUCUGUUGUGCCUUAGCCAGAGUCUUGCCGUUGGAUGAACAUAAGUGGAUGAUGGCAUCACACAUGCUCUACGCUUACAACACCACAACGCUGACAGGAAUCCUAUCAACUGAACCGGGCUGCCCCGUCUUACUACUUGACCUCAAAAUCCCUGGUGCAGACUCAACAUUCUCCAACUACCUUGUUGCGCACAAUGUUGCAAGACCUGUAAGCAAUUCGGAAAUUGCUAAGACUUUUUUAGGUGUUGACAACGUCGGUGGGGAUCCUGGGCCGGCUGAUUUUUUAGAGGCAGUGAAAUCCAUGUCGCCUAAAAUGAACAAUUCUGAGGCUUCUUUGGUGCAGUCAGUUAGCCGUGGUAGUUCUGUGCCAGCAUUUGAUGUUGGUGAAUCUGGUGCCAAAGGACAAUCUCAGCCACUUAACGAUCUUCAGAAGGGUGCUGUGAAAGUGCAGAGCAGUGACAGUAACAAUGAACGUUCGAACACACCUAGUACUGAUGAAUGGAAAAACACGCAGGCAGACGGUUCCUUGGAUAAUCUGCUGGAUGAGGCGUUGGCUGGUGAAGAUGACUCUCGUGAGGCAAGUCAUGAAAUGAAACUUUCUGGCGAGGAACCAAAAAGUCCAAUUAGCGAAAAACUCGAAGAAUUAAGUAAGUGUGCCUCAUCGCCGGAAGGUGGUUUGGAUGAAGGGGCCCCGGAUGGAUGGCUCACUCUGUCGUUUGGUGCUCCAUCGGAAGAAUUGAAAAAACGUGAAUUGCAGAUUCCCCGGAAUGGAUACAUCCAGUUCAUGAUGUCCCACAUCAACAAUCCUGGCGACUUCUACGUUCAUCUGGUUGAUCAAAGAACGAGUGAAAUCCUUGACCAACUCAACAAGGACUUGAAUCACGAAUACAAGGGUUACAUGAAAAGUAUGAUGGGGCGAUACUUUGAGGACCAGUACACCCCGACAGUUAAGAGUCUCUGCUGUGCUUGUUUCACAAAAGAUAACACGUACUAUCGUGCCUCGGUACUGGAAAUCCGCAAAGUAAUCAAAGGGGUUCGACGCGCCGGUACGAACAGGCAGCGGCUCCGCCAGCCUAAAGAACAGGAGGAGAAAUAUGAGGUCCGCGUACUCUACUUUGACUUCGGAAACAUUGAGUGGGUGCCUGGAUCUAAGGUUUAUCCUCUUACACACCGAUUCUGGAACAUUCCUGUGCAGGCUGUGCACUGUACGCUGGCCAAUGUCCGACCAACAGGCAUCAAUGGACGCUGGAGUGAAAGUGCGACAAGUGUGUUUGAGAUGAAGACGGGAUUUGAAAAGAGUUUCCUUGGUUAUGUUAUUGAGGAUGGUGAAGUAGUCACCGAGCCAAUCCCCUUAGCCAUCCUGGACCUGACUGAUGAGACAUGGAUUAAUACCCUCCUGGUCGAGAAGAACUUUGCUGUAGCCCAUUUAGUGGAGAAUGGUACAGGAGAUGAGUAUGAAGAUGCUGAUGAGGUAGAGAAGCUGAAAAACUGGGACCCGAUGGAAGAGGACUACCUGUCAGAACGCAACAGCUUGAUGGUAGAUGUCGAUGACGCUAGUGUGGCCCUUACUGGAUACAAGAGUGAAAAUAGCCAGCGCCCAUGCAAGUUCUAUGGGAAGACGAAGGCAGGAUGUGUGAGGGGAGACAGAUGUCUUUUUGCCCAUGUAGACCCUUCAGAUAAUGGUUAUCGCGCUGGAGAAAAGGGUGAGGCAUAUUGCCUCAUCGACACGGACACCAUUCAAGUGCCAGAUGAAGACAAUUGGAUGCCAGUUGCUGUCAGUGCCAUCUUUAAUCCUGGCCGAUUCUACGUCAACUUCCCAUGCGGCACUCAGUCUUUCUUGAAUCGUGAAAAGGACGAUGAAGGUUAUGAAGGCAGUUCUCAUCUACCAAGUAGUCACCGAGAAACUUUGGAAAUGAUGUCUGAAUCUUUGAACGAGCAUUAUUGUAAGAUCAUUAGACGAGACAGACAGCUGAUGGGCUUGGCCCCUGGUGAGAUAAUAGCUGCACAGUUCAGCGAGGACACUUCGUGGUACAGAGCUAAAGUAUUGGAUGCCGACACUGACAGUCGUACUGUCGAGGUGUUCUAUGUUGACUUUGGUAACUCUGAAUGGAUAUCAGAAGACAGAGUGCGACUCAUGGAACCCCAGUUCCUCCAUAUGCCAUUCCAAGCUAUAGAGUGUUUCCUCUCCAAUGUGGAACCCAUUGAUGGCCUUGCUUGGUCAAAGGAGUCAAGGGACUACUUUCAGAAGUUGGUGGAUGGCAAGCGGUUAUUUGCUCAUGUCAUUAGCAAGAACCUUAAUGGUGUGUUGCGGCUUGAUCUCUACGACACUGAAAACGAAGAAGAUAUCUACAUCAACAAGCACCUCGUCCAGUCGGGAUACGCCCGAAAUGUUGAUCCAACAGCUACAGAAUCUCCUGGUAGUACUGACUCAGGACGCCCCAGAUCGAGAAUGAGUUCUCGGAGCAGUGUUAGUGGAGGGAAGAAACGCUACUCGGGCUCAGAUGUUAUUGAGGUGUACAUGCCUGGGUGAAGUGUUUCAUUUGGCUACUCUGGCUGGGUUAUGCAAGAAAGAUUUCUGAAAUUAGGUUGAAAGUUUGCUUGGCCUGUGGGUGACUUACUCACUCUGGAACAUGCAAGGGUAAUCUUGGCAAAAAUGGCCCAAUUAUUGAAUAUCUGAGAGUUUAAAACUUAGUUAAGUUGCAUCUAAAUUUUAAGAACAAAGUCCUGUUCAAGUUUGUAAUGAUGGGCAUUGAACAAAUUCUAAUAUGUUUGAUCAGAUUCAUGUAGUAGUGGUGGUGGCUUUGCAGUUUGAUAGAAUCCUGUAUAUAAUUUUCUGAUUUGAUUUUCUUCUUACUACUGUCUUAAUUUCUGUGAGGGAUGCAAAUGUGCCCUUCUGAUUAUGUGGUAAAAUUUUAUUGUGCUAAAUCGUGACCAGCCGCAAUCAUUCAAAGUGUUUAGUUUGACCUGCCAGAAAUAAAGUACCAGGAAAUGUGUUAUAAAUGGUGUGAGGGAGUUUGUUCAGAGUUGUUUGAUGUUUUUGAAUGCAGAAAUCAAUUGUAUUGGAACCUGGUUGUGUAACCGAGAAAUUCGGAAAAGUAGUUUACUGAAAGAAAAGUUUAAGGGUUUGAGAUAUCAAAAUAUCUGGUACACUGGUUCAAUACAUAUACAUACAUAUUCCAUAUACUAGUAUAUUGUUAAUUUUGUGAAAUAUUCCUUUAUUUGCUGUACUUCAGUCUCUUGUGUCUAGUUGAGCGAAUUAAAAAAAAGGGCUAGAGGAUGCGGUCAGCCACAGUUGCAGAAGUUUGUAACAAAUUUUCAUUUUGUGUAAACAAUGUUUUUUUAUUAAUUUGGCAAAUUAUGAUAAAAGAGAUUGUUUGGUUGGAAUGUAAAUUGAUUUUUGGGAAAACCAUGGAUUUUGUUUAGUUGAGAUGAUUUGGUCUACAUGCGGGUCAAACCUAUCUGUAUGAUGUGUCAUUUUCUGUUUGAAGCUUAGUGCAGAAAAGCUGAGGAAAGAUUGGUCACUCCAUGUCUUAUAGAAAAGCCUUAUACAUGUAUGGCUGGAGGAUGCUCUGUUCUGUAUGUGUUACAUCAAUAGCCAAACUGUAGAGUAAAACACAAGAGUGAUGGUAUAAAUGCACAUUAUUAUGAUGAAAAAAAUGUAUCUCAUGUGUUGAGUCUUGAAACUGCCAUUGAUAAUUCUUAUGUUCAGGUUGAAGGAGGGUCUCAGUGAGUUACCCUGCCAAAGAUAGAGACAUUACAGUAUAGAAAAGCCUUAUACAUGUAUGGCUGGAGGAUGCUCUGUUCUGUAUGUGUUACAUCAAUAGCCAAACUGUAGAGUAAAACACAAGAGUGAUGGUAUAAAUGCACAUUAUUAUGAUAAAAAAAAUGUAUCUCAUGUGUUGAGUCUUGAAACUGCCAUUGAUAAUUCUUAUGUUUGGGUUGAAGGAGGGUCUCAGUGAGUUACCCUGCCAAAGAUAGAGACAUUACAGUAUAUUUUGCUUUGGGUGGUCUGGAAAGGAGUUUACUUUGGAAAAAAAGUGUUUUAUAGCGCAGAAAUUUCUUUCCAUUUAAAUCACAAUACUGUGUCCUAUAAGAUGAAUUAUUUCAAUAAAAAUGUUAAUAUUUUC